UUGACAUUCGAAGUCAUUGCGUUUGUUGUGUAGUCUGAUCUCUGAAUUCUUCUUUUGUUCCGAUAAAAUGGAUUCGGAACUUUUUCUGUGACUUUCUGUUUCGUUAUUGGUUACUUAUUUUUCUUGAUUUGAUUUUAUUUUUUCGGAGAUUAUAAUGUGGAAGUUAGUUCGAUUCGCCGCGUCGAGUUUGCGCCCAUCGAGGCGGUUCUCGACGGAGAUUCCUGGUCCCUCUAUCGUCCAUAAGCGCGGUGCUGAUAUUCUCCAUGAUCCCUGGUUCAACAAGGAUACUGGGUUUCCUUUGACUGAAAGAGAUCGGCUAGGGCUUCGUGGUCUCCUCCCACCUCGCGUCGUAUCGUUUGAGCAGCAAUACGCUCGUUUCAUGGAGUCAUACCGGUCACUUGAGAAAAAUACACAAGGCCAACCACAUGGUUCUGUUUCCUUGGCCAAAUGGAGGAUCCUAAAUAGAUUGCAUGACAGGAAUGAAACUUUAUACUACCGAGUCCUUAUUGAUAACAUCAAAGAUUUUGCUCCAGUCAUAUACACUCCCACUGUAGGAUUAGUAUGUCAAAAUUACUCUGGGUUAUUCAGACGCCCACGCGGAAUGUACUUCAGUGCGAAGGACAAAGGGGAAAUGAUGUCGAUGAUCUAUAAUUGGCCAGGUCAGCAGGUAGACAUGAUAGUUCUGACCGAUGGUAGCCGUAUUCUUGGCCUAGGUGACCUUGGUGUCCAGGGGAUUGGAAUACCUAUUGGCAAACUUGAUAUGUACGUUGCUGCAGCCGGUUUCAAUCCACAGAGAGUACUCCCAGUUAUGCUAGAUGUUGGAACUAACAAUCAGAGGCUCCUUGAAGACCGUCUUUAUUUAGGACUUCGACGGCCUAGGUUGGAAGGAGAAGAGUAUCUAUCAAUUGUUGAUGAGUUCAUGGAAGCAGUUUUCACACGUUGGCCCAAGGCCAUUGUGCAGUUUGAGGACUUCCAAAUGAAAUGGGCUUUUGAGACGCUGCAGCGAUAUCGUAAAAAGUUUUGCAUGUUCAAUGAUGACAUACAAGGAACUGCAGGAGUUGCACUUGCAGGACUACUGGGAACUGUCAGAGCACAAGGUCUACCAUUAUCUGACUUUGUGAAACAGAAGAUAGUUGUAGUCGGAGCUGGGAGUGCAGGGCUUGGUGUUCUUAGCACUGCAAUACAGGCUGCUGCAAGAUUGGCAGGCAUCAAUGAAACAACCGCGAAGAAACAAUUCUUUUUGCUUGACAAAGAUGGUCUUGUAACAAAAGAGAGGAAGAAUCUUGAUCCUGCAGCUGCACCAUUUGCUAAAGACCCUGUAGAGAUCGAUGGGCUUAGGGAGGGAGCAACUCUUAUUGAAGUGGUUAGAAAAAUCAAGCCCCAUGUGCUUCUUGGUUUGUCCGGAGUUGGUUGUGUUUUCAAUGAGGAGGUGCUUAAGGCAAUGCGAGAAUCAGAUUCAACUAAACCUGCAAUUUUUUCUAUGUCAAAUCCCACGAUGAAUGCUGAGUGUACUGCUGCUGAAGCUUUCAAGCAUGCUGGGGAUAAUAUAGUCUUUGCAAGUGGUAGCCCUUUUGAAAAUGUUGAUCUAGGCAACGGAAAGAUAGGCUAUGUUAAUCAAGCCAAUAAUAUGUACCUGUUUCCUGGGAUUGGUUUGGGAACUCUUCUCUCAGGUGCUCGUUUUAUAACGGAUGGCAUGUUACAGGCAGCUUCUGAAUGCCUUGCCUCUUAUAUGACAGAUGAAGAGAUCCAAAUGGGCAUCUUGUAUCCAUCUAUCAACAGUAUCCGGCAUAUCACAGCAGAGGUUGGAGCGGCUGUUGUGCGAGCAGCUGUUGCAGAAGAACUGGCUGAAGGACAUGGUGAUGUAGGGCCGAGAGAACUCAAGCACAUGUCAAAAGAGGAGACAGUACAAUACGUCACACGCAAUAUGUGGUUCCCUGUUUACAGCCCUCUUGUUCAUGAAAAAUAAAAGCUUAACUCAGUUGUAUUACGCGCGUUCUUAGAGGCUGGUUUGCGUGCAGGGCGCAUCCUAAAAUUCUGUGGCCAAGCAAAUAGUGUCUUGGUUUAUCUUAUUGUUGAUGUGGACUGGAGCUAGUAAAAUUUCUUUGUUCUUUCCUUGAGAUAAUCAUAAACUAUAAAUCUGAGUUAUUGUUAUAACUUAUAUGUUAGAGAUAUUGUUCCAAAUCAAUUAUUUAGCAGCGACUUGUAUCUGUAUGCAAGGGAAGUAAAUUGACUUGUAGUUAAGAGGCAAUGAGACAUCCGUACUGUAUGAUAUAGAUAAUUCUUUGAAUAAACGAUUUAGCAGCAACCUGUAUGCAAGAGAAAGCAACAUUCUCACGAGA